GGUCCUGAUGGGGGUUAGCCUGGGGGGGGAUCUCUCCACCAUAGGUUACUGGACUGGGAUGGGCAGAAAGAAUGGGACAUGCUGCAUAUGUGACUGCUUUGGGGGCACUGCCAAAAACUCCCAGAUGCUCUGAGUUCAUUCCUCUCUAGAACUGUGCAGCUGGGAAGUGCAAGGGAAGCGAACUCCUUCCACUGCUAUGUGUCUGAGGAGAAAGGCGUCCAUGUGGAGCUGCUGGGCUGUGGAAGUGUCAGAAGUGCAGGGAGCUGGCUGAGUGACUCACCUAAAACUGGGCUGGGGGUGGGGUGAGAAGACCUCCAGAUGGACAGCAGCACUCUGACCACAGGACAGCACAUGGCUGUAUGCUGGACUGACCGCUGAUGUAGUCCUGGAUGGGACAGGGGGGCUGCACUACAAUGCUGGGGGCACUGGCUGCCUUCUCUAUGAUGAGCAUCAUGACCUAUGGAUACCUGUCCUGGGAUAAAGGAAAUUCAAGCCUAGAAGAAAGGGAGCCUGGAAAUGUGGAGGAGCAGAUUGGACGCCAGCCUCAUAUCAUAUUCAUUCUGGCUGAUGAUCAAGGGUAUAGAGACAUUGGGUACCAUGGCUCUGAGAUCAGGACCCCAACACUAGACAAACUAGCAUCUGAAGGAGUCAAACUAGAGAACUACUAUGUGCAGCCCAUCUGCUCACCAUCUAGGAGUCAGUUCAUCACUGGGAGGUAUCAGAUUCACACAGGUCUUCAACAUUCCAUAAUACGACCAUCCCAGCCAAACUGUUUGCCACUGGACAAUUUGACAUUACCACAGAAGUUAAAGAGUAUUGGUUAUGCAACGCACAUGGUUGGAAAAUGGCACCUGGGGUUUUAUCGCAAGGAAUGCAUGCCAACACAUAGAGGGUUUGAUUCUUUCUUUGGAUCACUUUUGGGAAGUGGUGAUUACUACAACCAUUAUAAAUGUGACAGCCCAGGGACAUGUGGAUAUGACUUGUAUGAAAAUGAUAAUGCAGCGUGGGACCAUGACCAUGGUAUUUAUUCUACAGAGAUGUACACUCAAAGAGUACAAAAUAUUUUGGCCAGCCACAAUCCAAAAAAGCCUAUAUUCCUUUAUAUUGCUUACCAAGCUGUACAUUCUCCUUUACAAGCUCCAGGAAAUUAUUUAGAGAACUAUAAGUCAAUUACAAAUGUCAAUAGACGAAGAUAUGCCGCCAUGUUGUCAUGUUUAGAUGAAGCUGUUAACAACAUCACAGUGGCACUACAGGAGUAUGGCUUCUAUGAGAAUAGUGUUAUAAUUUAUUCCUCAGACAAUGGUGGACAACCAAUGGCAGGAGGAAACAACUGGCCUCUCCGUGGAAGCAAGGGAACAUAUUGGGAAGGCGGUAUACGUGCUAUUGGGUUUGUCCAUAGCCCAUUUUUAAAAAUCAAGGGCCACAUCUGUAAAGAAUUAAUCCACAUAACAGACUGGUUUCCAACACUAGUUACUUUGGCAGGUGGAGAAAUAGAAGAAGACAUGAAACUAGAUGGUUAUGACAUAUGGGAGACAAUAAGUGAAGGCAAACGUUCUCCAAGAAUUGACAUCCUACAUAAUAUUGAUCCUAUGUAUAUCAAAGCAAGAAAUGGCUCCUGGACUGCUGGUUUUGGUAUUUGGAAUACUGCUGUUCAAUCUGCUAUUAGAGUAAACCAGUGGAAACUGCUAACAGGAAAUCCUGGUAAUGGAGACUGGGUGCCUCCGCAAGGUUUCAGCAACAUUGGACUUAGUCGAUGGCACAAUGAGCGGGUGUCUCUCACAAGUGGAAAAUCUUUGUGGCUUUUUAACAUAACAGCUGACCCAUAUGAAAGAGUUGACUUAUCUGAAAGGUACCCAGAUAUUGUGAAACAGUUGCUUAGAAGACUUGCACAGUUCAACAAAUCUGCAGUGCCAGUGAGAUACCCUCCAAAGGAUCCAAGAAGCAAUCCUAAACUGAAUGGAGGCGUUUGGGGUCCUUGGUACAAGGAAAGUAAGAAAAAGAAGAACUCUAGUAAAAAAUCUAAGAGAAAAAAGGACAAAAAGAAUGCUAAACAUCGGAAACAACAGUAUUCUGGUUGUCAUCCAUCCUUAUCCAAUUCAUAAAACUCAGAUCAAUUACAAGACAAUUUGUGGUCUACUAAAUCACAAAACAACUGCCAUGUCUUAUGGACUAAACACACUGAAAGUGCAGCAUUAUAUAAUGUAGCAACAUUGUGCAAUAUACAUGGGUGUGUUCCAUUGUUGUUGUUCAUUGCGACAUCUUUACAGAUAUUUUCAAGAUGUAUGUUCUUGGUGUUAGACUUUUACAUUUAGGGUUUGUUGUGAAAGACCAUUGUGUGAUUCAAGCUACAAUACUGAACCAAAGUUGAGCCCUCUAUAAGUAUUCAACAUACUAAUAUGAUCAAUGUUAUAAAUAUGCAAUGAGAAGUUAUGAAGUUUCCUUGAAAAUAGAAACUAAUCCAGGAGCCCUCAAAUUAAUCUAAAUGUCGAGGCAUUUCAUAAAAUUAAUAUAUUUAAAGAUUCUUCCUAGUAUCUCUGGAGACAAUUAUGGUGCAGAAAUUUAUUCUGUUUGGAUCUGUUCAGUUAGAAGAAUAUAAUUAGACUACAGAUGAGCAAAACUUUCAUGAUUUACUUCCCCAGUGAUUCUCUGACCAGCAUAUUUCCCAUUACUGAGCCUUAAUUCUCAUAUAAGAAAAUAGGACGGGGUGGAAGAAGCAUUAGGCCACCAUCACACAUGGAAGUUUGUUUGUUUGUUUUUAUUUGUUUGUUUGCUUUUUUGUUUAACUGCCACUGCAGUUUUCAAGCCAAAAGUGGAACUAGAUUCUAAAGAAAUGGGGAAUAUAAAGGAAGGAUUUUUUGCACUCUUUCUUGCUCGAUCCACUUCUGAUUUUGGCUCAAAAACUUCUGUGUCUAAUGACAGCCUUUAAUGGGUUGUCUGGCAAUCUGAAUAAAAAAGAAAAAAGAAAAAAAGAAAAGAAAAAAAAUUGUGGAUAAUAUCACAAAAAAAAAAAAAAUCAUACUUCCCAUAUCAGUGCCUUCUAGAUACACUGCAUGUCUGUACUACCUGCCCUUUCUUGACACAGGCCUUGUGACUGCUACAGCCAGUCUUGCAGAUUCCAUAAUCAUGUACAAAAUUUAUUGACAGUUUUCCUAAAUUGUCAAUAUCAUUUUGUCUAAUCUUGUUCUUACCUAAAAUGUCUAAUUACUUUUUGCAUUUCAUAACUUGUCAGAAAUAUGUUUCUGAAGAAUUUUAACAAAAUCAUUUUAAUUUGGUUUAUUUUACUGUAAAAUGUCUUCUGCAUCUCUCAACACUUCUACAAAACAAGGCUGACCACAAGGAAGCUCGAAGUUUGUGGCUUUACCAACUUUAAUCAAUUUAAUAGACACUACAUUACUGAAAGGGAUUGUUCCACCAAUAAAAUAUUGUUAAUUUAGUUUGUAUGAAAAUUUUUAUUUUUGUAAUUGACCUUAUGACAAAUAUAUUAUUAGCAACCUGUCCUUUUAAAUUUUUUAAAAUGUGACCCCUCUAGUUCAAAUGAUAAAUAGUACAAUAUG